CGAGGGUUUCCCGGUGCGUCCGUCAGGCGGCGCUGGUGGUUUGUUUACCAUAUCGGCGUCGAGCCUGGCGUGACACUCCUUCCCUCGGGCUCAUCUCAAAUUGGGCUGAGGAACAUCUGUUUUGGUGAAGGAAUUGAACUUUAGGUUUACUAGAUAAUUCAGUUGGUGUAUAUUUUGACUUUCACACACUGUCAACAUGAGUGGAGAUGAUGUCAUGAAAGACAUGAAGGAACGAGCAAAGUUGCGUCGUCAGCUGCUUGCCCAACAGCUAGGAGUUGCCAGUGCAGACAAGCUGGGUCAGGCCUUAGGCAACAUUGGCAAACUUCAAGAUGACCAGGAUCGCAUAAAGAGACAAAGAAGGUCACGGCAGCAAGAAGAACUAGAAGGAGAGGAAGCCGCCAAUAUGGUGUAUACAGACUCCUCUACAUUCCUUAAGGGCACUCAAUCAGCGAACCCACACAAUGAUUACUGUCAACAUUUUGUGGAUACUGGACAACGUCCACAAAAUUUUAUUAGAGAUGUUGGGCUGGCAGACAGAUUUGAAGAAUAUCCAAAACUACGAGAACUAAUAAAACUUAAGGAUGAUUUAAUAGCUACAACUGCAACACCACCCAUGUAUCUCCAAACUGAUCUCCAAACAUUUGACCUGCGUGAGCUACCUACAAAGUUUGAUGUGAUACUGGUCGAGCCACCACUUGAGGAAUAUCAGCAUACAGGUGUAAAUAACGUACAAUUUUGGGAUUGGCAGAAGAUAAUGGACUUGGAUAUUGCACAGGUUGCAGCACCACGCAGCUUUAUUUUUUUGUGGUGUGGCUCUUCAGAAGGAUUAGAUCUUGGCCGUCAGUGUCUUCGCAAAUGGGGUUUUCGACGUUGUGAAGAUAUAUGCUGGAUACGCACUAACAUUAGCAAUCCAGGACAUUUGAAAAAUCUUGAACCGAAAGCUGUAUUUCAACGAACAAAGGAACAUUGUCUAAUGGGAAUAAAGGGUACUGUACGUCGGUCAACUGACGGUGAUUUCAUCCACGCAAAUGUUGACAUUGAUCUUAUAAUAUCUGAAGAAGCUGAAUAUGGAUCGCUAGAAAAACCAGUGGAAAUAUUUCACAUUAUUGAACACUUCUGCCUUGGUCGUCGCAGGUUGCACGUGUUUGGCCGUGAUAGCACCAUUCGUCCUGGCUGGCUCACCCUCGGCCCAGGUCUCACCAGCAGCAACUUUGAUCCUGAUGUUUAUGCAGGCUAUUUUACAAGUGGCCAAAUUACAACAGGUUGUACCGAGCGCAUUGAGGCUCUGCGACCAAAAUCUCCUCCUCCGAAGGUAAAAGGAGGACCAGGUGGACGAGGAAGAGGGGGAAUGUCUUCGCGAGCAAAUUUCACCCGUGGGCGAGGACGAGCAAGAUAACCAAUUCCUCUCUGUGGUUAGAAUUUACUCUUGCCACUUGUAUAGAAUAUGCUACAGGUUGCAUCCAACAUGCCUUUGAUACCAUAAAUAACUAUUUUUGUUGUAUGUUUGAAAUUACAUAGAGGUUAUAAUACAUGUUAAAGUAAUUUGUCUAAUUUUAUUGAUACUUGUAUAAAACUUUUAUACCAAAGUCUGUAAUUGAGCUUCUAGGCUCAUGUUGUUAUAAUUAAUAUUAAUUUAUGAGUGUUGACCUAUGAAUAUUGCUAGCUUAUGUAUAUGGACAGUAUGGCCAAAUAUCAUUAGCAAUAGAAUCAGGUUUUUAUAAUUAUGCCAGCCCAUUAAUCAUUAAUGGGAUCUUUUAUAAUAAUGAUUCUUAAACAGUGAAAGCAAACAAUGUUUAUCGGUCACCUUGUGAAGACAACAUACAUGUAUGUAAACAGUGCGCCCCCAUAAACAAGAAAUAAUUGUUAGUUUUUCAAGACUACCUCUCAACCAUUUUAUCUACAGAUUACAAUUGUAAUGCAAGCCAAUAAAUUAUACAGUGCAGA